AUGUUAAAUGUUUGUAAUGCUUUAAGUUUUAUGUUACAUAAGGCAUGUUUUAAUGUCAUAAGUUGUCUUUAUUUAAUUUCAGGUGUAUUGUAUUUCGUCAGUUCUACAGUUAAUCCUAUUCUGUAUAAUCUUUUAUCAAGAAAGUUCAGAUAUGCCUUUAAACGAACGUUUUGCAGAUGUUGCAUAGAUCUUGAUAAAUUUCCAACUUUUUAUAAAUUAAAAGCAAUAUUCAGAAGUAAAAAUGAUCCAGGGACAACGACGCCUAGUGGAAUGCGAUAUAUGUUUCCACAGAAACCAGUUAGGAUGAACACGGUUUAUGGUCCGAAGAAUUGCACAUCAUCACAACAGCGACUUCUUCCAAAUAAUAAUGUUGCAACUAGAGAUUCAGUUUUGAAAAUAUCGAACGGAUCUGGAUCGUCUUCCGAUAGUGGGUCGCAUGCGCACUCAGACGGCCGCCUACAUUAUUUGUGCCGCCAUAAAAGUUGUUCAAGUAAUAGGACACGACCUAGUAUUGAAAGUCAAAUGUUCUAUAAACAAAAUAAUAACGCUUCAUGUCAGGAUAUAGACAAACUAAGAAAAUUAAGUUACGUGAAUAAAAAUCCGCUGAUGCCGACAUUUAACUCCGUUGCUGCGGUGGCAGACAUCGGAUUGAACAGUAAUUGUUUUUUGAGGAAGUAAUGCUCAAAUUUUAAAAUCAAUAAUAUGUGAUAUAUUAAAAAUGGCUAUAUUGUAUGUCUGUCUAUAAU